AUGGACGAAGUUGUGUUUCUGUUAGUUGAAUUGCUUGAAGUUAGUGCAGAUGAAGCAAGAGUUGAGACAGUACAAUGCCAUGGGGCAUAUGUUCAGCUAUUGUGGCUGCGAGACAUUUAUCAUAGCGAAUGUGAUGCCGCACAGUGGACUGUAGCAGCUCAAGUAUAUUUGUUGCAUAUGGUAGGUUGCACUCUCUUUGCCAACAAGAGUGAUACACACGUGCAUGUGGUAUUCUUGGAUGACAUUCAUGACCUCACCCAAAGUGGAAGCUAUACAUGGGGAGCUACUACCCUAGUCCAUAUGUAUGACAAUUUGAAUGAUGCGUCUAAGAGCAACGCCAAACAACUUGCAGGAUAUAACACACUUUCACAUUGUUGGAUCUACGAGCAUUUUCCUUUUGUUGCUGAGUCUAUUGUUGCUGCUUAUGAUCAGAGGAAACCACAUGCCUGCCACUGGAAGUCAGGGAAGACAUUACCAGUGUCGACGUAUCGAAAGCGUUUGCAUAGAUUGAUGUCUGAUGUUGGUCCAUCUAUUGUCAUACACCGACCAGAGAGGGUUGUGCGACAGUUUAGGUAUGUGCAGACCAUUCCUCCACUCCCAAUUACGUCAAUGUUAUGCAUAGAAGAUAUUGAUGAUAAAUGGAUUCAGUUUUCUGAAUAUCUUACACCGGUGGGUCAGAUAUGUGUUGUGCCUGGACAAUGUUUAGCAAAUUACAUGGAGUGA